AUGGUUAAGCUCAUAUUUUUCGUUUUAUUCGGAAUAUUUAGUGUUACGUCUGCCCGUAAAAAUGUGUUAUUCUUUGCUGUAGACGACCUCCGACCAGAGUUAAACUGUUUCGAAGGCUCGGACUUCCCUUCGCCGGUACACCCGCCGAUGCAUACACCAAACAUUGACUUUCUUGCUUCUAAGAGUCUACUCCUGAAAAGAGCGUAUGUCCAGCAGGCUGUAUGUUCCCCGAGCCGCACCUCACUACUUACAGGCCGUAGACCGGAUACGACUCAUAUUUACGACCUUGUUCACUACUUCCGAAAAUUGGGAGGCAAUUUUACGACAAUACCAGAAUAUUUCAAAUUAAACGGAUACGUUUCCGCAGGCAUGGGUAAAAUUUUUCAUCCGGGUUCUGCAAGUGGAGGUGACGAUCCUAUUUCAUGGACGCUGCCGUACUUUCACGCGACAAAGUAUGGUUGGGAGAAUAAGAAUAAAAGCUGGGACGCUAUUCCAGACGAAAAAUUAAUUGACAAGCCUUUGGUAGAUUUUCAAAUUGCACAACAAGCAGAUAAAACGCUAAAGAUGUUUUCAGAAGGUGGUGAACACGAGGGGACUCCUUUCUUUAUUGCAGUCGGAUUCCAUAGACCGCACCUGCCUUUCGUAUUUCCGGAAUCUUUUCUGAAGUAUUACCCGGACGAAAGUAUUCGUUUACCGCCAAAUCCCUAUGCACCGGUUAAUAUGCCGGAAGUUGCGUGGAGUAGUUACGGAGAAUUACGAGCAUAUGGCGACCAAUCGAAACUGAAUGCUUCCGGUAUGAUAAACACAACAUUGCCAAUGGAGGAUGUACGCGCGUUGCGCCGUGCUUAUUAUAGCGCUGUUAGUUGGACAGAUUCGCUCGUGGGCUAUGUUCUGCAACAGCUUCAAAAAUAUGGAUUCGAGAACAACACAAUUAUUUCAUUUUGGGGCGACCAUGGCUGGCAGUUGGGCGAACAUGGGGAAUGGUGCAAGCACACGAACUUUGAACUCGCAACACAUGCACCGAUGAUGAUCCGUGUUCCGGGAAAGACUGAUAACGGUAUCGUAACGGAAAAACUCACGGAGUUUGUCGAUCUGUUUCCGACAUUAGUUGAUGCAGCAGAACUUGGACCUAUGCCACUGUGCCCUGUAAAUUCUAGUCAAAUAGCUUUCUGCCGAGAAGGAGAGAGUCUAAUGCCGUUGAUACAAAACCUGUCAACGCAAUGGAAAGAUGCCGUUUUUUCUCAGUACCCACGGCAUCAAAAUGGGGUAGAUAUAAUGGGCUAUUCGAUUUGUACGGCUCGCUUUAGAUACACCGAAUGGGCGAAAUUUACAUACGCACCGGAAUAUCAACCUGAUUGGGGAAAAAUAUAUGGGUUAGAAUUGUAUGACCAUCAGUUUGAUCCGCAGGAGAAUAUGAACAAGGCACUUGAGCCCGAGUUUGCGGCAAUAAGGCAAGUUCUUAGCAAACGGCUCCAUGAAGGUUGGCGUGCUGCUUUGCCAGGCAACGGUUUAUAA